AUGUCUGGACGCGGGAAGCAGGGAGGUAAGGCUCGUGCGAAAGCCAAAACUCGUUCUUCCCGGGCUGGACUUCAGUUUCCGGUUGGCCGUGUGCAUCGUCUUCUUCGCAAGGGCAAUUAUUCCGAGCGAGUUGGGGCCGGCGCUCCCGUGUACCUGGCGGCGGUGCUGGAGUAUCUGACCGCUGAGAUCCUGGAGCUGGCGGGCAACGCCGCGCGCGAUAACAAGAAGACGCGUAUCAUCCCGCGCCACCUACAACUGGCCAUCCGAAACGAUGAGGAGCUCAAUAAACUGCUAGGCAAAGUCACCAUCGCGCAGGGCGGUGUCUUGCCUAACAUACAGGCAGUGCUGCUGCCUAAGAAGACCGAGAGCCACCAUAAGGCCAAGGGCAAGUGA